AUGGUUACCAUUGUUUCCCCAGCGCCAUGCCUGAGAUGUAAGGUAGUGGUGAACUGCACCAACCCCAACACCAUAUCCCUUCUGGCCGCACUGGAGAACGUCAUGACGUUGUCCUCCAUACGACCUGUCAUGAACCUCUCAACCCCCACCAUCAUCAGCAUGCACUUCACUCUCUACGGCAUCCUGGGUGUGGAAGAAAAAGAACAACUGCUGUACACCUACAUUUGGCUGGUGAAGGAGUGGGAGAAUGAAUUUUUCAGCUGGGACCCAGUCCAAUGCGGCACAACCGAGAUUUCUCUCCCCAGGGAAAGGUUCUGGUCACCAGAUGUGGUAAUCAAUGAAUUUAUGGAUGAAAACAGAGCUCCCAUCGUCCCUUAUGUGUACAUUAAGCACACUGGUAAAGUGCUAGACGCCAAACCUGUCAGAGUGGUUAGCUCCUGUAACCUGGACAUCUACACCUUCCCCUUUGACGUCCAGAACUGCACCUUCACCUUCAGAUCCUACAUCCAUCACGUGUCGGACAUAAGGAUGAUCUUAGGGAAGAAGGUGGAGGACAUCCUGAAAAGCUCCAGGAGCGUGUUGUCCACUGAAGGGGAGUGGGAGCUGAUGGACAUCAAAUCCAGGAAGUACAAGUUAUCAGAAAUCGAUCAGGGAGAAAGCAACCCCUAUGAUGAGCUCUGCUUCUAUAUUGUCCUGAGGCGCAGAGCCACCCUCUACGUGGUGAAUCUCCUGAUCCCCAGCUGCCUCCUCAUCACUGUGGAUCUCUUCAGCUUUCUGCUGCCUCCCCAGAAUGUGGACCGCUCCUCCUUCAAGAUGACCCUUAUUUUAGGCUACUCAGUCUUCCUGCUCAUCGUGAAUGACCUGCUGCCCGUCACAGGAAACACCAUCCCACUGAUAAAUGUGUUCUUCGCCAUCUGCUUGGCUCUGAUGGUGGCCAGCCUGCUGGAGACUAUUCUCAUCACUAACCUCCUGGUCGGCUCCAGUAACUUCCACCCAGUGCCUGGCUGGGUCCGAGUGCUCGUCCUGCGCUUCAUGGGCACCCUCGUCUGGCUGCCUCAGAAAUCCAGAGAGGACAUGAUCAUCCUCAAUCCAGUUGCAGGAGAAACAGACGUGAAAGUCUGCCCUCUAGUGAUGCUGGAGAGACAGGUUCAAAGAGGAGAACCAGGUGAGAAGGGGGCAGAGGCAGCCGAUCCAGCCCUGGCGGAGCUGAGGAAGCUGGGCAAUGACCUGCAGUCCAUCCGCCUACAGGUGGCCCAGCAUGUGGACGGGAACCAGAUCUCCCAGGACUGGAUGCAGGUGGGCUACAUCAUCGACCGACUGCUGUUUGGCGUCUACGGCAUCUUCAUCACCUUCAGCUUCAUCGUCAUCCUCAGCAUUUGGAGUAAUUCGUACUCCAGGUAAAAACAAAUUGGUGGGUAAACGCCAUUCGUUGUGAAUAAAGUAACACUCCCUAAAUGUUCUAUGCAUUUUUCCACAAUAGGUGGCUAAAUGUUUGUGUAAAAUACAAA